UUCCCUGCGCGCGCUGCAGGGGGCGAGACGCCGGAGCGCUGAGAGCGACGCACAGCCGAACUCGGCACAGCACCGAAACACACGAACACAGGGAGACGAGCGGAGCAUCCAGCGGCGGAGCGGCGACACGGAGCAUCGCGUCCUAACCUGUCUACCUGAAAGAGAUGGUGAUGGAGAAACCCAGCCCCUUGCUCGUAGGGCGCGAGUUUGUGAGGCAGUACUACACACUCCUCAACAAAGCACCUGACUACCUGCACAGGUUCUACGGCAGGAACUCCUCAUACGUGCACGGAGGUCUGGAUGGCAGCGGUAAACCCGAGGAGGCCGUUUAUGGCCAGGCAGAGAUCCAUAAGAAGGUGAUGUCUCUGCAGUUCAGUGAGUGUCACACUAAGAUCCGCCAUGUUGACGCUCACGCGACGCUGGGGGACGGUGUGGUGGUCCAGGUGAUGGGGGAACUGUCCAACAGCGGCCGGCCCAUGAGGAGAUUCAUGCAGACUUUCGUCCUCGCGCCUGAGGGCUCUGCUGUGAAUAAGUUCUACGUGCACAACGACAUCUUCCGCUACGAGGAGGAACUCUUCGGAGAUUCGGAGGCGGAGCUGGGAGAGUCUGAGGAGGAGGAGGCUGAGGAAGAGCAGGUGGAGGCUCACGCCUCUCCUGAACCUCCUCAGGACUGUUCUGCGGGAGCUGCUUACUACGAGCCUCCUCCGGUCAGUAACGGAGUGGAGGAGCAGCAGGAGGAGGCGGUGCCGGAGGCGGAGCCUGAGCCCCAGCCAGAACCAGAGGCCAGUCAGGAGGCAGAGGCGGAGCUUAACCCAGAGGCGGAGCUGCAGGUCGAGGAGGCGGAGCCUGACGUGGAGGAGAAGCUUCCAGAAGAGCCGGAGGAGAAAGCCCCCACUCCUGUCCCAGCCCCGACUCCGCCCCCUCAGACGCCAGAGCCACCCAAGACCUUCUCCUGGGCUUCAGUGACCAGUAAGAAUCUGCCACCCAGCGGAGCUCUGCCUGCUUCUGGAAUCCCCCCACACGUGGUCAAAGCCCCCAGCGUACAGCCCCGUGUGGAGGUGAAGCAGGACGCUCAGGCUCCGCUGCCGAGAGACCAGCGGCGGGAGAGGCCUGGAUUCACUCCACGAGGACCCAGACCAGAUGGAGCUGCGUCUGAGGCUCAGGGAGGAAAACCCUACUUCAGCUUCAAAGGCCGUGGUGAGUCUGAAGGCGGGGAGGCUGAAGGCCGACGGUCAGUCCGUUACCCGGACAGUCACCAGCUGUUCGUCGGGAAUCUUCCUCACGACAUCGACGAGGGGGAGCUGAAGGACUUCUUCAUGACGUUCGGUAACGUGGUGGAGAUGCGCAUCAACACGAAGGGCGUCGGAGGGAAGCUGCCCAACUUCGGCUUCGUGGUCUUCGAUGACUCUGAUCCUGUGCAAAGGAUUCUGGGAGCCAAGCCCAUCAUGUUCCGCGGCGAGGUGCGUCUGAACGUGGAGGAGAAGAAGACGAGAGCGGCCAGAGAGCGGGAAACCCGGGGUACCGGAGACGGUCGCCGUGGAGACCGCGGCCCCGGCGGGCCCCGAGGCCCCAUGGGGAACGGCAUGGGCCGGGACGGGCGCGGACCCCCCUCCACCCGCGGCGGCAUGGGGUCCGGCCGAGGCGGGGGCCAGAGCGGAGAGAGCAGGUUCCCAGGAGCACGCCGCUGAGGAGCGCCCCCUACCAACCGGGAGGCGGAACUGCGCUCUGUAAUCACAUCGAUGGGCGAAAAAAAAAAAACAACAAAUUUUUUUUCUUUCCUUUUUUGGCUUUUGGAAUGUGACCGGCCAUCAGAAACCAUUUGAUGUGAAAAAGACUAAACAGAACUCACUCUCUCACACUGAUAAAGGAGUCGUUUUUUUUCCAAAAUCUUCAUCGCUUUCUUUUUUUUUUCUUUCUUUUUCUUUUUUUCUUUGCAAAGAGAAAAGGAAAGGGGGGGGUGGUUUAUUUUCUGUAGAACAAAAAAAAAAGAUGAAUGUCACGAACGGGGUUUCCUCAUGGAACUGUCGACUCGCACAUUUUAUAACGGACAUGAACAUCAAAGCUUCAAAAAAAAAAAAAUCAACGCUCACUGUACAACUUAUUUAUUUUGUUAGUUAAUAAAAAAAAACAGUGGUGGUGCCUUAAACUGUUCUCGCCCAUUUUCUCUCUCUCUCUCUCUCUCUCUCUCUCUCUCUCUCUCUCUCUCUCUCUCGUCCUGUGGAAGACGAAAGGACUAAAGUCGUCAGGAGUGGAGCUGUUAUCGCAUUAAUUAACUCAUUGCAGAAGGCAGUCGGUCGUAUGAUGGCAAGGCAGUGUUACCGGUACUGAUUCCUGAUAAUCCCAGAUUAGUACUGUUCAUGUGGAGUUUUUUUAUGUAUAGAUGUUUGUUUUUAGUCUGACUUUACGAGUAGCUGGUUGAGCAGCUUGCUGAAGCAGAGCUUACGUACCUGCAGUAUUCCGUACUGAACUCUUCUCCUACGUGUUGCAGUUGGUUUUCUACUUUAUUUUGUUUGUUGUUUUCUUUCAUUUUUCCCUCUGAUCUCUGAAACCACUCUGCACGGCCAUUUUCCGGAACAGGAUGCUCUUUUUGAUACAGAGUUCUGAAGCUUGGUUGUCUUGCACUUUCUCCUCCACCCCUCCACUCAAGCUUUGGUUCCACUCCUCGUAUUUCUUUUUUAUUUUUUUAUUAUUUUUCUGUUGCGUGGGUUUGGAUCUUACUCCCAUUUGGCUUCAGCAGGUUAAGUUUGAAUGUGUUUUCAACUUUCAAUAAACUACUGAUAUCUGCAA